CGCAGAGGCGCAGUUUCGCAGUCAGAGCGGCAGGGUUCCAGAUCUGCCUCUGGAAUUUAAAAACGCCUCUCUGUCCAUCUUUAUUAUUAGCGCUCGGCUCCUCCCUCCUACCUGUAAAUCCCCCCCCCCACCACCUCCAGCUCCAGCUCUCCUCUCUCCUGGAGCAGAUCUGACAGGCGCUUCCAGCUGGCCGCUCCGUGCCAAGGCUGCAGGAGGACCGAAUGGACGCAGCGACAUCCACCCAAGCUGCGCGCAAAUCCUCUCCUUAACGCGACGACCAGAAGCGCCUGUUUGGAUAUGUAGCCUUCUGACGCGCGUUUCUUCUCAUUAGGAGCGCAUUUGGCACGAUUGAGGAAGAGAGAGAGAAAAAAAACGAUUCUUCAUCCAUUGAUGGAAAGGAUCCCUGAAUGGAAGACGGCUAAAAGCAGGAACACGAAGGGGAACGAUUUUAUUGUUUUUUCCAAUUUCUAUUUUAAUUUUUGAAAGUCUGCAACAGGAAGAAAAAACAAACAAAACGGCAGCAGCCUCGGCGGCUGCAGACGACGCCGUCCCUGUCAGGGCUUAUGGCGUGAAAGAGGCAGAAAAGCCCCUCAGAAUGAGAAGCGCCUCAGAUUCGUCGUUAUUAUUGCGGAUUUAAAUGCCUCUCUCCAAGGGGCCACCGACGCGCUAUUUUGGUCUGCUCUGCGUGCACGGCGGCUCAACCCGUCAUUAAAAAAUAAACAUUUCAUACCCUUAAAAAAAUCUGAACUCAAUCAGGGGGACUAAUCAGAAUCUAACACAAAUAAAAAAAAAAUUCCUUUAUUUUUUUUAAGCAAUAUGGCUGGUGAGUGGGGCUGGGGACGCUGGCACAGGCUCUCCAAGGCUCCUCAAUGCUAGCCGAGGCACAUGGCACGGAUCCCCAUGGAAGCGACAGCUCUAUGAGGACAAGCAGCAUCGAUAACAACAACAAACCGGACUCUUCGAUCUUAAUAUCCAAGAUGGAAGGCCUUGUCAUCCCUUACACCUCUGAGGUGCCAUGCGACGAUUAUGGACAGCGCAUGUGGUGGGCUUUCCUCGCUUCCUCCAUGGUGACGUUUUUCGGGGGUCUCUUCAUCAUCCUGCUAUGGAGAACCCUCAAGUAUCUUUGGACUGUCUGCUGCCACUGCAACAUUAAAAAUAAGGAGGCUCAGAAGGUGAAUAAUCCUGCCAAUAAUCCGACAGCAGAUAAGACGACUAAAGGUCCUGAUGAGAAGGAGGAAGCACCAGCCAGCGAGGUGGGAUGGAUGACUUCGGUCAAAGACUGGGCCGGCGUCAUGAUCUCCGCUCAGACGCUCACUGGGAGGGUUCUGGUGGUGUUAGUCUUUGCACUCAGCAUUGGAGCCCUCGGAAUAUACUUCAUAGACUCCUCAGAUCCUAUAGAAUCCUGCCAGUACUUCUACCAAGAUUUUACAUUACAAAUUGAUAUGGCCUUCAACGUAUUCUUCCUUCUCUACUUUGGCUUGCGGUUUAUAGCAGCCAACGACAAGCUGUGGUUCUGGCUGGAGGUGAACUCUGUGGUGGACUUCUUCACUGUUCCUCCAGUGUUUGUCUCUGUCUACUUAAAUAGAAGCUGGCUUGGUUUAAGAUUUCUGAGAGCGCUAAGACUGAUUCAGUUUUCAGAAAUAUUACAGUUCCUAAAUAUUUUGAAAACAAGCAAUUCCAUCAAGCUGGUGAACUUGUGUUCCAUCUUUAUAAGCACAUGGCUCACGGCGGCUGGAUUCAUACAUUUGGUGGAAAACUCAGGGGAUCCUUGGGAAAACUUUGAAAAUUCCCAGUCGUUAUCUUAUUGGGAAUGUGUCUACUUGCUGAUGGUGACUAUGUCUACAGUGGGCUAUGGGGAUGUCUAUGCAAAAACCACCUUGGGGCGCCUGUUCAUGGUCUUCUUCAUCCUCGGUGGUUUGGCCAUGUUUGCUCGCUACGUGCCAGAAAUUGCUGCUCUCAUCCUUAAUCGGAAGAAAUACGGAGGGAGUUAUAACUCGACACGAGGCAGAAAGCACAUUGUGGUCUGUGGUCACAUUACCCUCGAAAGUGUCUCCAACUUCCUCAAAGACUUCCUACACAAGGACAGGGAUGAUGUCAAUGUAGAAAUUAUUUUUCUCCAUAAUAUUUCCCCUAAUCUUGAGCUGGAAGCCUUGUUCAAACGCCAUUUUACUCAAGUAGAGUUCUACCAGGGAUCUGUUCUCAACCCUCAUGAUUUGGCCCGAGUGAAGAUUGAGUCAGCAGAUGCUUGCCUAAUUCUGGCCAACAAAUAUUGUGCAGAUCCUGAUGCUGAAGACGCUUCUAACAUCAUGAGGGUCAUAUCUAUCAAGAACUACCAUCCCAAGAUCAGAAUAAUAACCCAGAUGCUACAGUAUCACAAUAAGGCCCAUCUGCUGAACAUUCCCAGCUGGAACUGGAAGGAAGGUGAUGAUGCUAUAUGUCUGGCCGAGUUGAAGGCCGGCUUCAUUGCCCAGAGCUGUCUGGCCCAGGGCCUGUCGACAAUGCUGGCCAAUCUCUUCUCCAUGAGAUCCUUCAUUGAGAUUGAGGAGGACACAUGGCAAAAGUAUUACCUUGAAGGAGUAGCUAAUGAGAUGUACACUGAGUAUUUGUCCAGUGCCUUUGUAGGCCUCUCCUUUCCAGCUGUGUGUGAGCUGUGCUAUGUGAAGUUAAAGCUGUUGCUUAUUGCCAUUGAAUUCAAGUCUGAGCAGAGAGAGAGCAGAAGCCGAAAGCGCAUCCUCAUCAACCCAGGCAAUCACGUCAAGCUGCAGGAGGGAACCCUGGGAUUCUUUAUUGCUAGUGAUGCCAAAGAAGUAAAGCGAGCAUUUUUCUACUGCAAAGCUUGUCAUGAUGACAUCACAGACCCCAAAAGGAUCAAAAAGUGUGGCUGCAAACGACUGAUUUAUUCCAAGAUGUCCGUCUACAAACGAAUGAAACUGGCAUGUUGUUUUGAUUGCGGCCGUUCAGAGCGAGACUGCUCUUGCAUGUCAGGCAGUGUACAUAGUAACAUGGACACCCUUCAGAGGGCCUACCCACUUUCCUCUGUCUCUGUUCAUGAUUGCGCAACCACUUUACGUGCCUUCUCCUCAGCUAAAUAUAAGUAUAAUGGAUUUGUCAGAUCACCAGCAGAUGGCGCUACAACACCACGGAACAGUGGAAGCCAAAAAGAGUCUGGGGUUCGAUUCAAAGCUGAUUGCAAUCUAGUUGAGGACGAGCAUCCUUCGACUCUCUCACCCAAAAAAAAGCAGCGCAAUGGGGGGAUGCGAAACUCACCCAACUGCUCACCCAAAAUGAUGAGUCGACAUGACCCCCUACUAAUCCCUGGAAAUGAACAAAUUGAAAACAUGGACAUGAACGUGAAGAGGUAUGACUCGACAGGGAUGUUUCACUGGUGCCCUUCCAAAGAAAUCGAGAAAGUCAUCCUGACCCGAAGCGAAGCCUCCAUGACUGUGCUGAGCGGCCAUGUAGUGGUCUGUAUAUUUGGGGAUGUCACGUCCGCUUUGGUGGGGCUGCGAAACCUGGUGAUGCCUUUAAGAGCCAGCAACUUUCACUAUCAUGAACUUAAACCUAUAGUGUUUGUGGGCUCGCUGGAUUACCUUCGGAGAGAGUGGGAGACUUUACACAACUUUCCCAAGGUCUCCAUCUUACCUGGUACACCAUUAAGUCGGGCAGAUUUAAGGGCUGUCAACAUCAACCUCUGUGACAUGUGCGUAAUACUGUCAGCCAAUCAGAACAAUAUCGAAGAUGCCUCUCUGCAGGAUAAGGAAUGCAUCUUGGCAUCACUCAACAUCAAGUCUAUGCAGUUUGAUGACAGCAUCGGGGUCUUACAGGCUAAUUCCCAAGGUUUCACGCCUCCUGGAAUGGACAGGUCAUCUCCAGACAGCAGUCCAGUACAUGGCUUUGUGCGUCAGGCUUCGGUAACCACCGGAUCCAACAUCCCCAUCAUCACAGAGCUAGCUAAACCUGGCAAAAUAUUGCCACUGGUUUCUCUCAGUCAGGAAAAAAAAAGUGGAACCAGCAUACAAAUGAUAACAGAGCUGGUGAAUGACUCAAACGUUCAGUUCCUGGACCAGGAUGAUGAUGACGACCCAGACACAGAGCUCUACCUGACUCAGCCCUUUGCCUGCGGAACCGCCUUUGCAAUCAGUGUACUCGACUCCCUAAUGAGUGCGACAUACUUCAACGAUAACAUUCUCACACUAAUCCGGACACUAGUCACUGGAGGAGCCACGCCAGAGCUCGAGGGCCUGCUAGCUGAGGAAAACGCUCUCAGAGGAGGCUACAGCACGCCACAGACGCUUGCCAACAGAGACAGGUGUCGCGUUGCCCAGCUGGCCCUGUAUGAUGGCCCGUUUGCUGACUUAGGGGAUGGUGGCUGCUACGGCGACCUGUUCUGUAAAGCCCUGAAAACCUACAACAUGCUGUGUUUUGGGAUCUACAGACUAAGAGACGCUCACCUCGGUACACCAAGUCAGUGCACAAAACGAUAUGUGAUCACAAACCCCCCAUACGAGUUUGAGCUGGUGCCCUCAGACCUGAUCUUCUGCCUAAUGCAGUUUGACCACAACGCCGGCCAGUCAAGGACAAGCUUAUCCCACUCUUCCCACUCCUCCCAUUCCUCCAGCAAAAAGAGUUCCUCGGUACACUCUGUGCCCCCCUCCAACAGGCAGAACCGCAGCAGUAAGAGCAGAGAGGCACGUGAAAAACAGAAUGCAACAAGGAUGAAUAGAAUGAGCCAAGAAAAGAAAUGGUUUACAGAUGAACCGGAAAAUGCCUAUCCGAGGAACAUUCAGAUCAAGCCCAUGAGCACACACAUGGCCAACCAAGUCAACCAAUACAAAUCCACUAGUAGCCUGAUUCCACCAAUCAGAGAAGUUGAAGAUGAAUGCUGAACAGGGGCAGGGGGUUUCUUUGAUAACUCACCAGACAUCUGUGUGACCUGUCUUGAAGAGUCGGGCGGAAAUCGAUAGACAAGAUGAGACGAUAUUACCGACAGGGGUAUUGAAGACUCUUCUAUUCACUCUUUCUUCCAGUCAAGGGUUGGACGGAAGGCCGGACUAGAAGGGAUCUCCUGUGUGCAUACCCUAAAUGUUACUUCCAUGCUCUGGACUCUAUUUAAUUUAUGUAUCCAUAGAGUUGUACAUAAUGACAAUCAAAUAAGGACUGUACAGCCCCUCUCCCCUAGCACUUUUUAAAAUUAUUUUAAGAAAAGAAAAGUACUUCCUGUUAUUCUUUGCAAUAGUUCACCUCUUCAUGAGACUGUGGAUAAAGCGAUGGUGGGUUAUUGGAGAAUGAGGAUUGAAGCGAUAAACUGAAAUAUCAUCUCCCAAAGAUCAACCCAGGUGUGUCACGCUAAACCAGCUGGGAUUCAUCGUCACUGUAUUUUCUGUUUGCUUCUGUUUUCUAUUUGCACUAAAACAUACAAAAAGCCUCUUUUGACAGAAGAACUGGAGGCAUCACCCCCCCUCUGGUAAAUUGUCUCCAAGGAGAUUUACAUACGGAUGGAGUGAAAAAGGAAGAAAGGGAAGAGAAGGGACGCUGGGCUUUGGAUGCAUUCUAAUCAUGUUCUUCUUUUGUUAUCCAUCAUGUUGUCGCUUAUGGUGUGCAGAUAUACCUUGAAUCAUCACUUUGAGCAAGACCAUUCCAGCCCUGCAGAGCAUAAUCACCUUGUAAAGCAGAAAUCUAUUAACUCAGAAAAUGGUGCAAUGAAGGUUCAUGCUUCUUUGAAAGACAACUCUGUACCCAUAUGCUUUCUGCAGAUAUGUUGAAUUCUUAGCCUGAAAUUCACUUUCAACCUCACAUGUGUGCCUAAUCCUCCUAAAUAACACACUGUGGCGGUUCUUACACAAAUUAUACACUGAGCAAGCCCCCCCUUCUGCACCUUCAGAAUAUUUAAGCAGUAUUUAGGGAGUUUCUGUCCAGAGUAGACUUCUGUUUAGGUUUGAUCUAGAAUUUUUAAUUUCAAACAAAUGCAAUCUAGAUUAAACCAAAAUGAAGAAAUUGCCUUUUAAUUUAAUGGCAACAAAAGUAAUUAAUCAUAAAUGUUUAACUUAGAGCUUUUACACUGUGCAAAAACAGGGCUGCACACAUAAAUAAUUGACCGGACAUGCAAAUCUACAACAGAAAUCCAUACUUCCCAAGCCUGCCACGAAGUGUUUGUGAUGUCCUCUUUUGGCAUGCUGUAUUGGCAGUGGGCCAUUUCACCCACAUCAAAAACGGCCAUUAGCACAAACUUUAUAGUGUGGUUGAUUGGCCUGAAAACAUAGAAAGGUUUUCUAGCCUGUUCACUCUGUCACAUAAUCAGUUCUGUGAGUAAACCUGUGCAGCCACGUGUUUCUCCUGAGUCAUGCUUAUCACUGUAAACAUCCAUUUUAACUGGAUUGUAUGCAUUGAUGCUUUCUGGAGGGAACAGCAUGAACUAUCUUAGUACUAAAAUAAGACUACUAACACUAAUAACAACUAAAGGAUUUGGAUCGGCAAAUAUUCCUCAGCUAUGUUGGAUCUAGCAUGGAUGGCAGCUGGUUGGCCUUCCUAAACAUGCUGCCAUAUAAAGGUGGCACAACAGGGAUCACAAAGUAGAAUGUCAUAUUUUUUUUUUCACCUUAAAGUUUGUCUCUGUGAAAGUGAAUGCCACAUAGUGCAUAAAAGUGGGCAUUAAUGGGCCUCCUUUGAUCAAAGUCACUGCCUGGUACAGGAUUGGCACAGAGGCAGUUAAAGCUUGGAUGUUCUCUGCUGCCAAUCCAGAUAUCACAUACUUCAAAGACCCUGGGAGUUAACCAGCUGUUUCUAUCCUACAAGACAAUCAUAGUUGAGGAAAUUUACCAAGUCCACAAACAGCAUUAAAGAACGCUAAAGAGGUGUUUUUUGUUCUUAAUGCCAGCCUGUGGGCACCUGUAGAUCCAAAUCCAGCACUUAUGGGGUAAAAAAAAAAACCUACAGAAAUGUCUUGGUGGAUUUAUAUAUUUAAACUUUAUUUUAUAUGCAUAAACAUAGCCAAUUUGUAUUUAUUUUUCUAAUACAGAGUCUAGAAUAAAUUGCUUUUUGAGAUAGUCAUAACCUUUAACAUAUCAAAAAAUUUGUGUUUAAAAGAUCACUUUAUUUUCACAAUGUAUUAAAUUCAGUCAACCCCUGCACCCUCUAACGGACUACAUCACUCUGGAGCAGAACGAACUCAGCUCCGCUCCAUGGAGUGCAUGCAGAACUGAACUUGAGUUCACCUUAAUCAUUGUUUAUUUGCAUUGUGUCUACGAAUCAAUGUGUAAGGGUAAGAUGUAGGCGAAUUAUGUUCUUAGGGGGUGGAAUUGAGAAACUGGAUUGAUGAUGAAGAGUCUAAGAAGAAAAGGUUGCUCCCACUGUGCCCAGGCCAGAACUAACUGACCUACAGGAGACGUGUUUGACCUAAAUUAGGUCUCCGGUGUGGGGAAAGAGGAUGCGAAAAAUCACGGCACAGUGUGCUCGUGUUUUCAUGAGACAGAAUAAUUUAAUAAGGUAAAUAAAUAUGGCCUGGAGAUGCUGUCUAUUUACUGCAGUGAUUCUCUUCUCUGAGGAAAGGUUACUCUAAGCAUAGGAUACUGUUUUGGAAUAUAAAAUGAAAAAUAUUGUGCAAAAUAUGUUUGUGUAAACUCAACCCAUGAUAUAGACCACAUGUCUUUCUCAAACGAAAUGAUCCAAGCUUCAGUGUUUGUCUAUUGGAUGUAACUAUACUGGCGCUUCAUACACAUCGUCCUGAAGUGAACUUUUGGAACUGUGAUUACAUCAUUGUCACACAUUGUAGCAAAUAGAUUCCUUUCAUGAAAAAAAAAUAAUAAUAAUGUGAGAAAAAUAUUUGUAUAAUUGGAUUGUUUAUAGCAGAUUUACUCGUCGCCUGAAUGCUAAGAAAUUAAUACUGUGACAAUGACUCAAACAGAAUUGACAACUUACAGUAUAUCUUAAAGAUAAGGAAAAUAAGAUCUUGGGUUAUAUUUAAUAAUGCAGAGAUUAUUUAAAGAAAGUCAGAUCUAGUUAAACACCUAGAAUGGAAGGUAGCACCAAUUCAGCAACUGUCAUCAAAAGGCAGAACAUCUUCAGCUUUCCUGGGUUUUACUUUUUUGUAAUCCAAGGUUUACAUUCCAUUUUGUUAGCUUGUCAUUAUCUGUCACAAACUGUCACAACUGCCUUUUAUUUGUUUACACGUUAAGGGAUUUAAUAAUUCAAACUGACAGCACAUGAAUUAAUGCGUCAUUUAUUUUCCCUAUACUUGUAUGUUUGUUUCUACCUGAGCCCCCAUUGUGCAACCUAUUUAAACCAAGGUUUUAAACAAAAUUGUUGCCCUCAAAUUCAGAAAUGUCUUUGUAUUGUAUACCUCCGAAGGUUGUUUUUUUUUUUUUGUUUAAGUGCCAUGAAGCAGUCAUCCUUCUGUCAUCCAGAAAAACCUCAGAAAACAAUAGUCCUUUUUUUUUUCUCCACUCUAAGAAAUAGUAUCUUGUACUGGCAUGGAGAACAUCCAAGCCACUAAUGCCUCCAUGCCAGUAUAGUGCCAGGCAGUGUAAAGAUCGGGAGGAGGUCCCAAAAUAAAGUCCCACUAAAAGCGAAAAGUGGCAUUCAGGAGUUGGUAUUUGGGCUGGCUAAAGUUCAAUUCACAGAAAUUGUUUCAUACUUAAGUGUCUUUUAUAGCAGUUCAGCUCAGGCUGUGCAGUAGGAUGUGGAUGACUGAAGGAUUCACACUAGCCCAUUAAGAAACAUCACACAUCAAAGAUUGAAUACGAUGCAUGACUAUUUGGACAGUAUGUUGUAUUUUUAUUUUAUUUUCAGUUUUAAUGUUAUUUCCCUAGCUGUAAAAGAGUAUACUUUAUUCAAAGGCGAUUGUACUCGAUACAUCUCAUAAGAGGGAAAUGGAGGUACGUUUCAAGUCUUAACACAUUAAAGUUGCAUUCAGCAAAUUUGUCAAAAAAGGUUGCUUUUUAUCAUUUCAGGAAGAAUUCAGAAUAUUAUUGUUGAUUAUCCUAGAUAGGAAAUGUUGGCAUAUUGUCAUUGCAGAAUACAGGAGUCUGACAUAGCCUUCUAAUUACUUUGGAUGUGUUUGGAUAUGAAGGGGAAAGGAUUAUUUGAUGGUGCUGAGUUGAUCUACCUGACUCUAUCAAAUAUAAUCUGAUGAUAAAUAUUCUGUCUUGUAAAAAAAAAAAUAAAGUUUGUACAUAGGUUGUACAUUAUUUCUUUUUGUAUUUUCUCAAAUUAAAAUGGAUGUAUUUGUGUUCUAA